GUGCUGCACCCUUAUAUGCAGGCUCUCAUGCUGUCUGUUGAUGAAGCUCGCCAGCUUGAGCAGACCUCUCGCCAGCAGAGCCAAAGUGCGACAUGGAAAGCUGCUCGCAAAAACCGAUUAACUGCUUCAAAUUUUGGUGUUGCUGUUACACGUGAGAAUUGGACACAAAAAGGCCUGGAGAACCUAACCACAGAAAGAGAUCUGUCUAGAGUAAGGGCCAUCCAGAACGGAGUUUCAAGCGAAGCCAUGGCUGUUCAGCAAUAUGAAAGAACCCUCCGAACCUUCCGGCACAACAUUGAGACCUUCCACUGCGGCCUUAUUGUGGAUCCCACGUGCCCAUGGCUCGGUGCAUCUCCCGAUCGUGUGGUGUGGGACCCAGAGGAACAGAGUCCUCAUGGCAUUGUUGAAGUCAAGUGCCCAUAUUCAAUGAGAGACUUGAAAAUACCAAGCACUCAAGGCUCGUGCCUUGUGAAAGACGGCAACGGCACGUACAGGCUCAACCGCACCCACUUUUACUAUUACCAGGUUAUCGGGCAGAUGGCCCUUUCGGGGCUUACUUGGGCUGACUUUGUCAUGUAUGCUCCACAGUUUCUAGUUGUUGAAAGGAUUAGAUUCAGUGAAAGUGAAUGGCAGAAAUGCAAAAAUAGGCUGGACAGCUUUUAUUUUUCGACACUUCUACCGUAUUUGGCAAAAGCAUGCAGUACAAGCAAUGAAUCUUGA